AUGGUUAGAAAUAUUAAAAAUGUAACACUUUUUAUAGUGUUGGGUUUAUUAAUAAACUAUUCAAUAGCUCAAGAUUAUUGCUCUUAUUUAAAACAAGGUUUAAUGUUUUAUAAAGCCCAAAGAGCUGGCCGUUUACCAGAUAAUGAUAUUUCAUGGAGGGGAAACUCUGUGCUAACUGACUCUAGUCCUGGCGGAAAAUUGGACUCCAAUGGCGAUGGUGAUCUUUCUAAAGGUUAUUUUGACGCUGGUGAUGGAGUAAAGUUUGGAUUACCAAUGUGUUGGUCAAUGGUAAUGCUGGGUUGGUCAUUUAUUGAAUCCCAAGCAAAUAUUGCAUCAUGUGGUUUAACAGAUCUAUAUUUGGAGGAUUUAAAAUGGGGAACAGAUUAUAUUUUGGCAUCUCAUUUGAGCGACAAUGAAUUUGUUGCACAAGUUGGAAAUGGUGAGUUGGAUCAUUCUUAUUGGGAACCACCAGAAUUUAUCAACUAUGUACGUUCAGUAUAUACAAUUAAUCAAAACAAACCAGGAACUGAAUUAGCAAUGGAAGCAGCAGCAGCUCUCUCCGCAGCAUCAAUUGCAUUUAAAUCCUCUAAUCCAUCAUAUGCCUCUACUUGUUUAAACCAUGCCAAAACACUCUAUAACUUUGGUAAAACUUAUCAAGGUGUCUACUCUGACUCUGUACCAGAUGCCCAACCUUUUUAUAACUCCUACUCUGGUUAUAAAGAUGAAUUAGUAUGGGGUGCCGUAUGGUUAUAUAAAGCCACCAGUGAUCCAAGCUAUCUAAGUGAUGCUGAAAACUUUUAUCAAACCAACGGAAUUGGAUAUAAUGGUAUAUCAAAUUCUUUUGACUGGGAUCAAACUGCAGCUGGAUCAACUGUCUUGCUCUAUAAAAUUACUGGUAAACAACUCUAUGCUGAUAUUAUGACACAAACCAUGAAAUAUUGGUUGCCAGGUGGUGGUGUAACAUAUACACCUGGAGGUUUAGCAUGGAUUAGACAAUGGGGACCAGCUCGUUAUGCAAUGUCAAUGGCAUUUAUCGGUACAGUUUAUGGUACAAGUGAUUCAUUACAAUUUGCAAAGAAACAAUUGGAUUAUGUUCUUGGUAGCAAUGGUCAAUCCUUUGUUGUAGGUAUGGGCCCCAAAUACCCAAUUAACCCCCAUCAUAGGGCUGCUCACCACUCUACAACAAACAAUAUCAAAGAUCCAGUUAAUAAUAAAUACAUUUUAUACGGUGCACUUGUUGGCGGUCCUGGUUCAGACGAUUCCUAUGUUGAUGACCGUGAAGAUUAUAUUAAAAAUGAAGUAGCACUUGACUAUAAUGCAGGAUAUGUCAGUACUCUUGCUUAUUUUGCUUUAGGUAUUUAUUUAUAA